CCUCGGCGUCAUCUCAUGGCUCCGGUGGUGGAACCAACCCGGGCUGCGGCUACUACUCCGAUGCCGGGCCACGAUGCGUGUCGCGUUUGAGGUUCACCCGGGGGAGCUUUCACUCUUCGGCCAUGAGAGUCUCACCCAGGUUAAGCAUGAAACCAGUUUCAACGCGGUGAAAAGGCGCAUCGCAGCACGAGAACAGAAAGACGAGCGUGUGGAAAAGUGACAAAUAAGCACAACUGUCUCCUCUCUCACCAGACGACAUGGCGCAUGCUGGGGACGUGGAGACUGCAACCCUGUCAGACUUGGAGGUCAUCUCCAAGCAGGUGGACGAUGAGAACCAAUGCUUGGCACCUCCGGUCCAGCUAGUGAGCUUUGGCUACCGAGACCUUCCCCUCGCAGCGCUGGACCUCUCGCUGGCCGGCUCGCAGCUCCUUUCCAACACUGACGAAGAUGAAACCAGGGAAGGGUCCAACUGGCUGAAGCCUUGCUGCGGCCGUCGAGUGGCCCUGUGGCAAGUCUGUCUCCUCAGUGCCGGCUUCAACUGCGUCCUGGUGGCCUGCGUCAUCCUGGUGGUGCUCUUCCUCUCCUUAGAGCUGCUCAUCGACACCAAGCUCCUUCAAUUUACCAACGCUUUCCAGUUUGCCAGCAUCAUCCACUGGAUCAGUCUCAUCAUCCUGUCACUUUUCUUUUCAGAGACCGUCUUCAGGAUUGUGGUGCUUGGGAUCUGGGACUACAUAGAAAACAAAGUAGAGGUGUUUGACGGCGCCGUCAUCGUGUUGUCCCUGGCCCCCAUGGUGGCCUCAACAGUGGCCAACGGGCCCGGCAGCCCCUGGGACGCCAUCAGCCUCAUCAUCACCCUACGCAUCUGGAGGGUGAAGAGGAUCAUCGACGCUUACGUGCUCCAAGUCAAAGUGGAGAUGGAGAUGGAGAUCCAACAGUGUGAGAAGACCAAGGCGGUGCGAGAGGAGCAGCUGGAGCGUCUCACGCAGAUCUGCCAGGAACAGGCGUUUGAGAUCAGGCAGCUGCGGGCCCACCUGGCCCAACAGGACCUGGACCUGGCGGCGGAGCGCGAGGCGGCGAUGCAGAUCCACCGCGUGUGGGCCAAGCAGGGCAGGAGUCUCCAGGUUGUGGAGGGCUCGGCUCCCGGGGAGUCUGACGACGAGGGUGCUCACAGGAACCCCGGGGAGCUGCACAACCCUGGAGACCCAGUUGUACGGGAUGACAUGAACAACUAUAUCAGCCAGUAUUACAGUGAAGCCAGCGGUGAUGGCAGGACUUGUGGCUUAGGGACCCGCGUCGUCACCACGGCCGCCAUCGACAUCCACCUCCCGACCAAUCACAUCCAGUCCAGGCCCGGUCAGGACCUGACCCUGAACUACAGCUCCCGCCGCUGCUGUCCCUCUCCCUUCCCGAGCCAGGACCAGCACACGGCGGUCCAGGAGUUCCUCUCGUCUCUUUCUGAGGACUCCUGCCUCGCUCAGAAAGGCCUGACGGUGGACCCGGUCAACCUUAAGCUCCCCAGUCCCACCGGGUCUGAGAAGGCCAGCCCGGAGCUGGACAACAAAAUUAAGGUGUUCAACCACAGGAACCACCAGGAGAGGCGGGCCCGAGGGGGGCGAGGUUGUGUCCUGCUGCAAACCAAGCCGCUCAUCCACCUGCAGGACUGCGCCACCGAACCCUCGCUGGAGGAGAAGUACCGUCUCUUGGGUCCGGCCGACACACCUCUGGGCCGCGUGUCGGACACAUAACACGUUCACAUCUGCGUGAUAUGAAAACUUGAAAUUCGCGAGAGCAACACCGAAGACCGCUGCACAAUGAGCGACGCAGCUGAGCCCGAAUGAAGUGUUGUGCCGAGUCGUGGGUUCCUUUUCUUGAAUGUCGACUCAUCAAAACAAAACCCGAAAUUUUGCUGCAAUUCCAAAUCUUAAAUGUAGGUUGCGAAUUGAAACACGAUGGGCCCAUGCCGCCAUUUCCGAGUUAGCCACCCGAAUUGAAUCGAACCCGCUUGUGUCAAAAGUUAGUGAGUGCCUAAUAUUGAGAAUAACACACUGAGCAAUAUUUACCACCAAAGAUUUUGAAAACGUUUUAUUUUUCAUCUUCAAUGAAAACAUUUGAAUUUUAGAAAAUUCUCACAUUUCAUGAAUGGGAGGAAGUCUUGACGAUCCUUCCAGAUAAUUAAAAAACAAAGGGAAUUAUCUCAACACUUGAUCUUAACUAUAGAUUAUCAGAUGUACUGUAAUUUAAUAUAGUUAACCACUUCAACCACUUUUAUACUGAUCUUGCUGAUGAAAAGUGUCGCUCGUGUCACUUUCUAUCUCAACACUUGGCUGACACUGUCAGCAGUGCUACUACUGUCACAAACAUCGUUGUAUUACAUGCUUACAAGGCAUGAAGUUAAAGGGGAAAUCCACUGGUUUGCAUUAACAAUUUAUCAAAUAGGUAAUAUAAUAUGUACUCUAUUUUGACAAUGUGAUGAUAAAUCCUCUCUCAUUCAAUACUGUUUUGAGAAGAUUUUUAUUGACAAUUACGAAUUUUCAGGGGCACUGCCAUUUUCGUGAGUCACAUGGCCUACGUGCGCGGAUGUGACGUGUACCGUGCCACAACAAAGGCUCGAUUACACCAUUCAUGCCCAGCGCUGAUUUCUCAGAUUUAUCUUCGUUUGAUGAAGAAAUAGAACUAUGGGUUGAUUGGGAAGACGGAGGAAUACUUUCAUACACAGCCGUGAAUGGUGCCGCUCACGCCGCCACGGGCCUCGCAACUAGUUAGCGUGACGAAGUCUCGUUUGUUCGCGGAAUUAACCGAGACCUGGCGCGGCGGUGGCUGCGGGACGGCACGCUGCGCGAUUGAGCUCUCCACUGGCAGCCCGGUCCCGAGCCGCCGUCCCAUGUAAUCGAGCCUUUGUUGUGGCACAGUA